ACGGGGAAAUCCGGAGGAGUGGAGGAUCACUGGAUGCUGCCCUUCCCAGUACCCGGGAUGCCUGGCAGUUUGGGGACGGUGACCCGGACCCUGUUCCUGCUCCUCCUCACCCCCGGCUGGGUAGAACCACAGGCCUGCACAUUCCCAUGCCAGUGUCCCUCCAAGCCUCUGCAGUGCCCUGCGGGUACCAGCCACGUGUGGGAUGCCUGUGGCUGCUGCAAGGUGUGUGCUCGGCAGCUGGGUGAGCUCUGCUCCUUGCACAGGCCCUGUGACCAUCACAAGGGACUCUACUGCAACUUCUCCAAAAUACACAGAGGCAAUGGCAUCUGCUUAGCUCAUGAGGGUGCAACAUGUGACCUGCUGGGCAAGAUCUACCUCAAUGGGGAGAGCUUCCAGCCCACAUGCAAGCUGCAGUGCAUCUGCAUGGACGGGGCCAUCGGCUGCAUCCCGCUCUGCUCCGACGACCUGCGCCUGCCGUCCCCGGAGUGCCUCAACCCCCGGAGGGUGAAGUUCCACAACAAGUGCUGCGAGGAGUGGGUGUGUGAGGAUGGCAGCGAGGAGAACCGCUUUGGAACAGCUAUGGCAGUUUUCAGGGAGGAUCCAGCUCAGGAGCCAGAGCUGAACAACCUGCAGGAGAACUGCCUGGUGCAGACCACAGAGUGGAGCACGUGCUCGCAGAGCUGUGGAAUGGGCAUCUCUGCCCGCGUGACCAACGACAACCCUCAGUGCCGCCUGGAGAAGGAGACCCGCCUCUGCAUGGUCCGGCCCUGUGACUUCUCCAUGGAGAAAACCAAGAAGGGGAAGAAGUGUGUGCGGACCCCAAAGCAGCGCCAGAGCCUCCACUUUGACUUUUCAGGAUGUACCAGCACCCGCUCCUACCGGCCCCGGUUCUGCGGCAGCUGCUCGGAUGGGCGCUGCUGCACCCCGUUCCUGACGAGAACCAUGGAUGUGGAGUUCCGCUGCCCUGAGGGGGACUUCUUCCAGAGGAAGAUGAUGUUCAUCAAGAUGUGCUCCUGCCACUAUGACUGCCCCCGAGACAACGACAUCUUCCUGGCCACGUAUCACCGUCGGAUGUUCGGAGACCAUGUCAAGACUGAGCAGCAAUAGACCUGUCUUUGCCAGAUGUGAGGUGUGCAGGAGGGCUCUGCAGUGCUUUCGUGGCUGUGUCCCAGGACAAUGCAGCCUCUUGCCCUUCUGUGAGGGGCUGUGCCUUCUACAGCAGCAUCGUUCACACCAGUGGUCCCUGUGGUUUUCCCAAUGAGCCGAGGGGGAAGAGCCCCAGCUGCCCCAGCCCCCAGACCCUCAACACACUGGUGCCAAGGUCAGUGAAGGAACCAGAAACAGGCCUGAACUGCAAACUUGAUCUGUAUUCCCACUGGAAAGGAGUGGGAAUUCUCUCCAGAAAGGAGAGUGGAUCAAAGUCAUGUGGCUCCCACUGUCUCCAGCCCAGAGCACAAGUCCUGAUUCAGACCCUGAGAGUUCUUCCAGCAUGAACUGGGGGUGGAUCAGGCUGCCAGACCAAGAUGAGUCUCCUGCAGGUACUGCUAUGGGCAGCUUUUAGUGCCUUGAUGAGCAUUUCAUAGCACUGUGGAAUGGUGCGGGUUGAAAGGCACUUUAAAGCUCAUCUCAUUUCAACCCCUUGCCAUGGGCAGGGACACCUUCCACUGCCCCAGGCUGCUCCAAGCCCCCUCCACCCUGGCCUUGGGCACUGCCAGGGAUCCAGCGGCAGCCAGAGCUGCUCUGGGCAACCUAUGCCAGGGCCUCCCCAUCCUCACAGGGAGGAAUUUCUUCCUAAUCUUGUAAGAAAUGUCUCUGGGGUGGGAGAGAGACUGGACCCCACAAGCUGACACAUGCACAGUGAGGCUGCAGGUGUUUGCUCUGGAUGUUUGUAAGUAGGAGGAACACUGUUCAGCUCCAGUAUCCCUGGAGAGUUCAAGGUACUAGCAAGAGAAAUUCUCAUAUUUGUAAAUGGAGCAGAUCCCAUCUGGAGUCACUGGGGCAGAGCCGUGGGGAGCUGUUGGCACUGGCAUCUGCAGUGGUGGGAUUCUCUCCUGGCCACAGACCUGCCAGAGUCUCCCAUUAAGGACCCCAUUGCCAGCCCAUAGCUCCAGGAAAGGCCACCAACAGCCAGUGCCAGUGGCUUAACCUCACCAUAUCUUCCUACCCCAAAUUAGAGCCUGAUAUCAAAGGACAGUCCCAGCUGUCGCCAGCUGCUGCCCUGAACUUCCAGACUGCUGACAUACCAGUUCAGAGCCCAUGUCCCAUUCCAGCCUCGGUUCUUUCUCUCAGCCUGCAGCAGCUUGUGAGCCUUCACCCUCCUGUAAUCAUUUGAACUGUAAAUAAUUUAUCUGUCAUUUCUGUUUUUAAGGCCUUUGUACAGUCCCAGGAUCCCACUGGCACAGCCCUGCUCAGGCCGUUUCAGGAGCUUCUCUCCUGCCAUUCAUACGGUCGCUGAGCCUCAAACCAUGCUGAGGCUGCACUUUACUCAACGCUAAUAAAUAUCUCUUUAUUUUUUUUUAUCUCUGAACUCCUCCCUUUGUGUGAGGAUCCUGCCUGGUUCCCCCUCUGACCUUUCCCCAGUGCCGGCACCCUCUGGAGAGUUGAUGGCUGGGUGCUGGAGGGGAGAGGGUGACACGGGGUUCUUUUCCCGUUCCCAAAUAGCAGCAGGAUUGAUGUUAGUGUUUCACAGGCACCCCUGCAGCCCACAAAACACAGCUCCUCCCUCCGUGGCUUGGAGGGAGGACAAGCAGAGCCCCCCCUUCCCCUUGCUGAAGGACCCAGAAGUCCUUAAUACCAGAUUAAAAAUAACCCUGGGAGCAGAUGUGAGCAGAAGUCGGUGAUAACAGGGCCAGAACGCGAGGGGCUUUGCAGUGGCUUAACAGCUUACGGAUUCAUCCCCCUCUCAUCACAUUAGCAGGCACCCCCCUCCCCCACUCCUAGGCAGGGCCUAGAGCUUCUUCCAGCCCCCAAACCUUCCUGCUCACCGGGGAAGGCUUAGGGAGGGCAGGCCGGUGAGGAGGAACAAAACUCUGUCACGCUUGAGCUGCGUGGUGUUGAGGUUCAGGGCUCGGGGCAGGGCCCGGCCCGUGUUCCUCUGGCGGCUGCAAAGGCCCUGGGAGAGGCAGCGGGGGACACAGUGACGGUCCUCGCCGGUGUCCCCAGGGCGGUGACCAUUAGAUGGCAGCAGGAGCCUCUCCAUGGGGACACGCCAUGCCCAGGGCAGGAUGCGGGGCGCCUGUGAUGCUGGGGGGACUCAGCCGCUGAGCGUGACCCCGGGUAGCACCCGCCUACUCCAGCCCGGUGCCGGCACCCAGUGCCACCACAGGGCCGCCACCGCCACGCCAGCGGAGACGGCAGCGAGGCCCUUGGUGCUAGGGCCCAAUUCCGUCCUGCCGCCACCUCCAUGCCCGUCCUCGCGGGAGUCGUAUUCUCCCUUAUCUCCGCAGCCGCCGCCUGCGCGGCACCGAUAAGCCGGGCGUGGCCCCAGGGAUGGGGGCGGGUUUGGGGGCACUUCAGUGACCCUGCCGCCCUUACCGGCUCCGGCCACGCAGCAGCCUCCGGACAGGAUCACCCCCGGCUUCUCCAGCCCCCAGCAAGGACGGGGUUUUCCCUAAGAAAAGAUAAUGAAAAUAAGCAAAAAAAAAAAAAAAUCAACAAAAGACCUGAUUCUGCCGGUUCUGGGAGGGCUUUGGGGCUCUGCCGGGGCGCGGGGGAAACCCGUGGAGGCACCUUGUCCUUAUUUGGGCCUAUGACGUCACGGCAGCGCAGGGCGGAAUCUCCUGGCUCCACCCCACGCCUGUCACUUGCGGCCCCCGCCCACUGCAGCGGCGCGCGCGCUGGCCCCGCCCCCUCCGCGCUCUGACGGGCGGGGGCGGCAGCCAGUGGGCGCGGCCAAGGGGCGGGGCUCGUGUGGUGACGUCAAAGGAGGCGUGGUUUACGGUGCAGGUGGAGGCGGAGCGGAGUGGAGCGGAGCGGUGCGGCGGUCCCGAAGUGGCUGACCGUGAACAUCCGGUUCCACCUUCACUUCUGGAAGAGUCAGAUACUGAAGUUUGCUCUGUUGCCUUGCUCAU